AUUGGCUUGCUGUACACCAUAUCCAGAGACAUCAUCUCAUACUCUGCUUCCACCGUUUUGCCCUGUGGUCCAAAUAAUCCUCUACUAUUUUCGCAGCAUAGUAUAGAGGUACUCUCUACGGUGCAGCCUCAUUAUAAUGGCGCGCUUGCGGAAAGACAAGGGCGAAAAGUCCAAGGUCACCUCUCUCCCCGAAAAAUCAUCUACCAAACCCAAAAACGCUAAAACUACCACGACUUCCAAGUCCAGGUCUUCCAAACCUUCCAAAAAAGACGAACUCAAACAAAACGUUCUCGCGCUCGGUGGGACGCUGGACGACAUAGAACUUGUGAACGGUUCGGGCUCUGGCGGUGGAGAGUUUAAGGAUGACGGAAAAGUCGAUGCCAGUCUUAAGGGAGACAUCUCCAAGUUCAUGAAGGAAUUGAAUUUUGGAAUUUCCUCCAUGGAGGCGAACAAACCUGCAACGGUUGAGGCGCCACAAGCGAAGUCGAAGAAGGAUCGGAAGGAGAAAAAGGCUGAUACUAGAACGAAGGGGAAGGGGGUUAAAAAUGAUGCUGGAAGUCAACAGGUAAAGGUCGAAGGCAAGGAGAAGAAGGACGGUAAGGAGAAGGGCAACAAGAAGGAGAAAAAGGACAACAAGAAAAAGUCUAAGCCUGCGGAGACCCCAAAGCCCUCUACCUCAAAACCCGCGCCCUCUGAAGCCCCAACACCUGUAGCAGCAGCAGCCGUCCCUGCCCCUCCAAUAUCUACCUCUCAAUUCCUCCCUCCCAAAUCCGCAAAACUCCUCAUCCAACCCACUCCAGACUGGUACACAGUCGCCGCUCCUCUCCCUGCCACAUCUACCCCGAUCCCCACUCCUACAUCCUCCCAAAUAGCCUCGCUCACCGAACGCGCUGCUAAACUCCACGGCGCAGAGAUGGCACAAUUUUCCUCGGCGCCACACGCCUCCCUGGUCUCCUCGUCCUCCGAUCAGGCUUUCCUCAAAAACAUUCUCGCUUCGGGUACGCUGAGCGACAGACUCAGUGCACUUACACUCAUGGUGCAGAGCUCACCGCUGCAUAACAUCAGGGGGUUAGAAGUGUUGAAGGGCAUGGCCGAGAAGGGCAGAGGAGGCGGGGCGCCAUCGAAAGAUGGCCCGAAGGGUAGAGGUGGUGGGAGAGAGGAGAGGUUAAAAGCUGCGAGAGCAAUUGUUGAUUGGUGGAUCGGUGGUGGGGCGCCGGAACGAAAACUGAAAUAUUUCCGUGAUCAGCCUCUUCUUCAUCCCGGGGUCACAGACCAACAUCUUGUCGUUUGGUUUUUCGAGGAUUGGUUGAAGAAGUAUUUCUUUUCGCUGCUGCAGAUCUUGGAGGUCCUCUCACUGGACCCCCUGGCCUAUGUUCGGACACAGACUCUUACCCUUAUCUAUAACCUCCUCAAAGACAAGCCCGAGCAAGAACACAAUCUUCUCCGUCUUCUAGUCAAUAAGCUGGGAGAUACCGAAAAAUCCGUCUGCUCCCGUGCCUCCUACCACCUUCUCCAACUCCUCCAAGCCCACCCCAUCAUGAAAUCCAUCGUCAUCCGCGAGACCACCGCCCUCAUCAUGCGUCCCACCGGAGCCGCGGCCACAUCCUCGCUCACCAACACUCAUAACUCCUCAUCAUCGUCCGCAACUGUUGCGAAACCCAAAAUACACAUCAAAUUCGAUGACAACAGUGGCACAAAAUCAUCAGCUUCCGCUCCUCCGGUGAGACCACUGGACAGGAGUACGUGGAACAUGCACGCGCGGUAUUAUGCCUCGAUCACGUUCAACCAGAUCGUGUUGAGCACUUCUGACGAGGAUAGGAAGGCCGCGCGGGCCUUGAUGGAUGUUUAUUUCCAAAUGUUCAGGGAGGUCGUCGGAGAGAGGAGUGUGGCGGAAGAAACUCACGUUGACGAGGAUGAAGAGGAGGAUGCCGGCGAAGAUGCAGGCGGUAAAGACAGAGGACGGUACAGAGGUAAAAGAUUCGACAAGGGAAAGGCGAAGGCGAAGGAAAUACAGGGAGCGGCCGGGUUUGCGGAGGUGCAAGAUGAGAACUCGAGGCUCGUGAGCGCAAUCUUGACGGGUGUGAACCGGGCGAUGCCAUUUGCGCGUUUUGGUGGUGCUGAUGUCGAAUUCCAACGACACAUGGAUACCCUCUUCCUGAUCACCCACACCUCAACCUUCAACAUCACCCUCCAGGCUCUCACGCUCAUUCACCACGUCAUAUCCUCCGUCGCCACCUCCUCCCAGUCCGAAGCUUCGACGUCAUCCUCCCAAGCGUUGGCAGCACGAUACUACCGCACUCUCUACGCCACACUACUCGACCCUCGACUGUACAGUUCCGCGAAGCAGGCCAUGUAUCUGAACCUGGUUUUCAAGAGCUUGAAGAGCGACCCGGACACGGAGCGUGUAAAGGCUUUUGUUAAGAGGUUAUGUCAGGUUUUGGCAGGAGGGUUUGGCGGGACAGAGUUUGUGGCCGGUGGGUUGUGGUUACUGGGCGAGCUCUUCGACGGUGUUCCUGGACUAAGAAGUAUCAUGGAGAAGGUGCCACCACCCUCGAUCGCCGAGUGUGAGCAGCAGGAGAUGUACGACCCUCGGAAACGAGACCCUCAAUACGCUCAUGCAUCCUCAUCGCCCUUAUGGGAGCUCACCCCUCUCCUCAACCACGCUCAUCCAACUCUCACACUCCUUGCACGGCAACUCCUCGCUCACCAACCACUCACUACCAGUCCAGAUCUUGCCCUUCACACUCUAACACACUUCCUCGACCGGUUUGUCUACAAGAAUCCGAAGAAGAUCAAACCGAAAGGUUCGAGCGCCAUGCAGCCUGCAGCGGCGCCGGAGGGCGAGGGUGUUAAGCGCGUCCGGGGUGAGGUGCAGGAAGGACCUGUCAACGAGGAAGGUUGGUGGAAGAGAAGUGCAGGAAGUGUCCCCGCAGAUCAGCUGUUCUACCAUAAGUUCUUCUCGCAGAAACAUGAGAAGGAAGUGGCGAAAGCGGCGAAGGCCGAUAAGCGGAAGGGUAAACGGGAUGGUUCAGAUGACGAGGAGGAGUCCGACCCGGAGCAUGCUGUGGCCGAGGAUGACGAAGGCGACGACGACGAGAUUGAUGAGAAGGACGGGGAAGACCAGGAAGAAGAUAGCGAUGCAGAGGAGGCUGAGAUAUGGAAGGCCAUGAAAGCGUCAAUGCCCAAGGUCGACGACGCUGAGGACGUUGAUCUCAUGGAAGACAGCGAUGAACUCCCCUCAGGUCUUGACAUGGAUGAUAGCGAUGAUGGCGACGGUGUCGAGGACGACGACGACGCCUCUGCAGGCAAUUCCCAAAAGGCAGACUCAGAAGAGGAAGAUGCCAACGACGACGCAUUCUCCCUCGUCGAGGGAUCAGACGCCGAGGAUCUCGUUGACCUUGAUGACGACGUACCUCAAGGUCUCAUUGAAUUCCCUGGAGCUCAAGGACAAGCAGAUGCUGAGGAGUGGACAGGAUUUGGCGGCGAUACAGAUGUAGGAGGAAAGCGGAAGAGGGGCAGGGAGGACGGUAAGGAGAAGAGGAAGAAGUUGAGGUCGCUGCCAACAUUCGCAAGCUAUGAGGAUUAUGCGAAGAUGAUCGAGGAUGGACCCGAGGAUAAUGUAUGA